ACAGCCGUCAUGUAUGCGGGACGCAAGCGGAGAAAACCCGUCCAGAGAGCGGUGAAGCAGGCGCCAACCGAAGGGGCCAAGUCCAACCCGUCCAAGCGGCACCGAGACCGGUUGAACGGGGAGUUGGAGCGGUUGGCCAGCCUGCUGCCGUUCCCCGAGGAGGUCACCGCCAGUCUGGACAAGCUCUCUAUCCUUCGCCUGAGCGUCAGCUACCUGCGGGCCAAGAACUUCUUCUCCGUCGCCCUGACCGGAGCGACUCCCCCUCCGGUGAACGAUGACGACAGCAAAGCGGAGGCCAAGAUUCCUGAAGGCGAGCUGUUGCUGCAGGCUCUCAACGGGUUCGUCAUGGUGCUCACGGCCGGCGGGACCAUCUUCUACUCCUCUCACACCAUCCAGGACUACCUGGGCUUCCACCAGACCGACGUCAUGCACCAGAGUGUGUUCGAGCUGGUCCACACGGAGGACCAGCAGGAGCUCAGGAGGAACCUGCACUGGGCCUUGAAUCCUCCUGCGGCCGCCGCGCCCGCCAUCACCCAGGACUCCCCCCAAGAGAUGGAGCCGGACAGCAGCUCGUCCGUGGUCACCUACAAACCCGAUCAGCUUCCCCCGGAGAACUCGUCCUUCCUGGAGAGGAGCUUCAUGUGUCGCUUCCGCUGCCUGCUGGACAACUCCUCCGGCUUCCUGGCUCUGAACAUCCAGGGCCGACUGAAGUUCCUGCGCGGGCAGAACCAGCGGCAGGAGAACGGAGGGAAGGCGCCGCCUCAGCUCGCGCUGUUCGCCAUCGCGACUCCUCUGCAGCCGCCGUCCAUCCUGGAGAUCAGGACCAAGAACAUGAUCUUCAGAACCAAACACAAGCUGGACUUCACGCCUCUGGCCUGCGAUGCAAAGGGGAAGAUCGUCCUGGGCUACACGGAGGCUGAACUGCGGGUUCGAGGUUCUGGCUAUCAGUUCAUCCACGCGGCGGAUAUGUUGUACUGCGCGGAGAACCACGUCAGAAUGAUGAAGACUGGAGAGAGCGGACUGACGGUGUUCAGGCUCCUCACCAAGGAGAACCGAUGGAAGUGGGUCCAGGCCAACGCCAGGCUGGUGUACAAGAACAGCAAGCCGGACUACAUCAUCGCCACCCAGAGGCCUCUCCUUGACGAAGAGGGAGGAGAGCACCUGUGUAAGCGCUCCAUGCAUCUGCCCUUCACCUACGCCACGGGCGAGGCCCUGCUCUACCAGUCCAACCAUCCCUUAGCGGCCUUCAGAGACGGUGGCCACGAGAAAAACGGCAGCAAGUCGAAGAAGAGCCGGACUGAAAGGAUGUUGAGGGACGGCCUGGACCCCGGCUCUCUCCUCGGGGCGCUCAUGAGUCAGGACGAGUCGGUGUACGUUUGCCAGCCGGCCCCGGAGCCCAAGAUGUCGUUCCACAGCUUCUUUGGGGAACAAAUGGGCUUCUCGGACUCGGAACCCUCCUCCGGCUUGCACGGGAGCUGGGACGAGCAACAGCUCGGCAACAGCUUCGACCCGCUGCUGGCCACUCUGGACUCCCUCUCCCUGGAGGGUCACGGGGUCGUGGAUUCGGAAGAGGGCGGCUGUUCGAACGGCGAUCUGUUCGGCGCUCUGGAAGGUCUGGGGCUGAGCGCCGAGGACCUGGAGCUGCUGCUGCUGGACGAGCGGAUGAUCAGGGUCGAGAUGGACCCCGAGCGCGUGCCCACCUUGGACGACCUCCUGACGAACGACGAGAUCCUCUCGUACAUCUACGACUCCAUAGAGGGGAAGACGGAGAACGCGGAGCGCCAGGGGGCGGCGGCGCCGCUGGGCUCCACCGCCGCCACGGCGUCGCUCCCCGAAAGCGACGCCCCUUCGGACGCCGACGCGCAAAUGCAGUUUCCUCACCACAAGCCUCCCCUGGUGGGCCACGCCCCCAUCCUCCAACUGUCCCAGCAGAUGCAGCAGCACCUCAGCGUGCGGCCGGAUAAGGCGGCGCACGACUGGAACCAGCAGGGCAACCAUCUGGCCGGCGCCUUAGUCAACGGAGAGCUGCCGGGCCAAAACCAAUCCAUCGCCAAUGGGCAAUGGGCGGCUCAAGACCUCCUGGUCGCCGCGGGGAUACAGCACUACAAAACGCAACAGGCGGUUUUCAAUGGCAAGGUCUCGGAGCUGGACGGGGAGCUUCACCAACGCUACCUCCAGCACCAGCAGCAGCAGACCAGAGUGCAGAACCAUCUCUCACAGCAGUGCCGUGCCGACCAGAAGGCGAGCAACCUCAACGGCCUGCGCGGCAUCUCCGGCGUCGAGCACGCGGCGGGCAAAUCCCCGUGGCCGGACUACGGCUUCGGUCCGGGUCGCCUCGAGAACGGACGGAGACCCCCGAGGAACGCCUCGCUAGACCCUCGCGUGGAUUACGACGUGCCGGACAUCGACGUUGCGGAUUACGCCGCGGGCGGUUUGUUCGGGAGGAACGGGCGACAGCGCGGGGGCGCGGCCGAGUCCGCCGCGUCGGCCUUCCAGGCGGCGAACCGCAAACUGCAGCCGGAGCAGAUCCCGGUUCCUUUGGCGCAGGUCCUCUCCGGCCUGUCGCAGUGCCCUCCCCCCAACGUCUCCCUGGAGCAGAUCCUCGGGGUGGGCAAGCCCUGCCGGCAGUUGGACCACUACGCCAUGGUGGCCCCUGAGAUCCCCCACGACCCCCCCGCUCCCAACAAGAUGGAGAACGGCCUCCUCCUGAGCAGUAAUUACCCAGGGGGCCGUGCGCUGCUGCCCAAUAGGAACGGAGCAGCGCCCCCUACAGUCCAGAUGCCCGUCCCUGAGACUCUGUCCAGCCUCCCCGACUACCUCUGA